UGUUCUAUGAUCGCUGGCGUAUCGGCAGUGCAAGACGACCUGUCGCGAUAACCGGUAGGCCUUCCAGUUUCACUGCCGCACGAGUUUUUUUCCCUUUCUGUCCCUCCCCCGUGUGUUGUCGGGAUUCAGGGUAUAUUUUGAAAAGUAUGAUGCAAGCAAGUCUGUGGAACCUGGUGACCACGUCGGUCAGGCCAACAUGCAUAAAACGUGUUCUACCGGGUUUGACGGCUACCCAGCAGCGCAGGUAUGCCAGCACGUUAGACGCAGACAUAGUGGUGAUCGGGUCUGGCCCCGGUGGAUACGUAGCGGCGAUUAAAGCCGCUCAAUUGGGCAUGAAGACCGUGUGCGUGGAGAAAGGCCCGACCUUGGGAGGAACGUGUCUUAACGUUGGAUGCAUUCCAUCAAAGUCGCUCUUAAACAAUUCACAUUACUAUCACAUGGCACACAGUGGGGAUUUAGCGAACCGCGGGGUCGUCGUAUCAAAUGUUACAUUGGAUCUCAACAAGCUUAUGGAACAGAAAACGAACGUGGUCAAAGCCUUAACCGGAGGUAUAGCGGGCCUGUUUAAGAAGAACAAGGUUGAAUGGGUCAAGGGUCAUGGAAAGAUCACAGGCAAGAACCAAGUCACUGCCUUAAAGCCCGACGGAUCGACAGAAGCGACUAUCAACGCGAAGAAUAUUCUGAUAGCGACCGGUAGCGAGGUCACGCCCUUCGCCGGCAUUGAAAUCGACGAAAAGCAAGUUGUGUCCUCAACAGGUGCGUUGUCACUCAGCGAAGUCCCCAAGAGACUCAUUGUCAUCGGUGCUGGAGUCAUUGGACUAGAAUUGGGCUCAGUUUGGCAGAGACUGGGUUCCGAUGUAACGGCUGUUGAAUUCAUGCCAACGAUCGGCGGCAUGGGUAUCGACGGGGAGGUCAGUAAAACCAUGCAGAAGGUACUCGCGAAACAAGGUCUGAAGUUUAAACUGGGAACGAAAGUCACAGCUGCUAACAAGCGCGGCAAUGAAAUUGUUGUCUCCGUUGAGGACGCGAAGGAUCCUAGCAAGAAAGAGGACUUGGCGUGCGACGUAUUGCUGGUAUGCGUCGGUAGGAGGCCCUACACGCAAAACUUGGGUCUAGAAGAUAUGGGCAUCGAGAGGGACGAGAAAGGGAGAAUACCUGUGAAUAACCGAUUCCAAACGGUAGUGCCUAGUAUUUACGCUAUUGGUGACUGCAUUCACGGGCCAAUGCUGGCUCACAAGGCUGAGGAUGAGGGCAUAAUCACAGUGGAAGGUAUUACCGGAGGUGCGGUUCAUAUCGACUAUAACUGCGUACCGAGCGUGAUAUACACGCAUCCAGAGGUGGGCUGGGUCGGCAAGACGGAGGAGGAUCUGAAGAAGGAGGGCAUUGACUAUAAGGUUGGAAAGUUCCCGUUCAUGGCAAACUCCCGGGCAAAAACAAAUCUCGAAACGGACGGUUUCGCCAAGGUGCUUGCCGACAGCAACACGGACAAGAUCUUGGGCGUGCACAUGAUCGGACCGGCCGCGGGAGAGCUCAUUAACGAGGCGGUUCUCGCGAUGGAGUAUGGUGCAAGCGCGGAAGACGUUGCCCGCGUAUGCCACGCACAUCCAACAUGCGCCGAAGCGCUCAGAGAAGCUCAUCUGGCAGCCUACUUCGGCAAACCCAUCAACUUUUAAGUUUAUAUGAAGAAAGGACAAAUCAUUACACACUUGUUAGUCCUGAUUGCGUUUAGCAUUAAACGUGCUUGUCCCUUCCAUAACUUUAUUGGAGGUAACAUAUUUUACGGACAAACACGUUUAAAUUCCCCCCCGCUAAACGCGCAUGAUUUAUGCGGCUCUUUUGACUUCACAUCGUAGCCUGGAUCUAGUCUACGUAUCAACGUCUUUGCAUCGCGCUAAUGGUAGCGUAUCGUAUAAGAGAACUACGAUUGUAAAUAAAAGCCAACUACGCGAAAAUGUGUAAGUUUGUCUCUGCCCGGUGAUUAUUGUAUUUAUUAUGAAUAAACGAAAAAUGCGGCAUUGUAA